GGCCACCAUCACCAGCAACAACAACCAGAACCAGGAGAUAUCAAACACCCACUGCCCUACCUAUCUAAUCUUUGAUUUCUCAAACCGCUCCAAAUCCAUCGACAAAAUGGGUUCUGACCCUCAGUAUGCCAAAUACCCUCUGCUACCACUCUCCCAGCAUAUAUUCACCCUCACCAACCCAUCAUCACCAAAAGCAACUCAACAGACAUCUUUGAAAAGCCUCCAAGAUGCGAUCACUCAGCACAAGAUGGCUCCUCUCUACCGAUACCUGGCACAUCCCGCAGAAGGCAUUUUAAACGCCAGCGGGCAGAGCUCUUCACAUCCCGCGAAACUUGCUGGCCGGAAACCUAGCGCAGCUGGUAUGGUGGCAAGCAAGAACUCAAUACCUAAAGUCGAUUUGCCGUGGGAUGAAUCUUUAUAUGAGAAGUUGAAGAAGGAGAAUGACGAGGAACUGGAAGGCUUCAAGAAAGAGGAGGAAGAGGCCGAGGAGAAGGCUGGAGAUACCGAAGUGCAGGCUGCACGAGGAAAGCGUGCAGAGUUCUGGGCGCGAGUCGGUGACAAGGUAUACAUGACCUGUAAUAACAUUUGAAAUCCACUAACCAGAUAUGUUCUAGGACCAAGCAAUUGCAGCGUAUGAAGAGGUCUUUGAAAAGACGGGCGUUUUGGGAACCAAGAUCGACCUUGUUCUCGCAAUAAUUCGGAUGGGGCUAUUCUAUGGUGAUAAAUUACUCGUCACGAAGCAAGUCGAUCGAGCGAAAGCGUUGGUUGAAAGUGGCGGGGAUUGGGAUCGCAGAAAUCGAUUAAAGGCUUAUCAGGGCCUGUACCUCCUCACCACCCGGUCAUACAACUUAGCCGCUCCUCUUCUUCUCGACAGUCUAUCAACAUUCACAAGUUACGAACUCUGCAAUUACUCUUCGCUCGCUGUUUAUGCCGUUUUGGCCGGAUCGGUUUCAUUGAAGCGUGUUGAUUUCAAAUCAAAAGUUGUUGAUGCUCCAGAAAUCAAGGCAAUCCUGGGUGAUGGGGAAGACAAGCUGCUAGCUCUCUCUGGCGCAAUUUCUGCUGGUCCUGGUGCGGACGAAGAGAUGAAAGAUGUUUCAUCUGCAACCCCCGGUGGUGCUAAGACUGUCGUCAACCUUACCACCUUGGGAAGCGAGCAACCUGAGGCCGAGGAAGCCAUUGACUUUUCACCACUUGCUGAACUUGUGGGUAGCUUAUACACCGGAAGUUACCGUUCUUUCUUUGGUGCUUUGGCUUCUGUAGAGGUCAACUUUUUGACCCAAGAUAGAUACCUAUAUGAACAUCGUGGGUGGUUUGUUCGCGAGAUGCGACUCAGAGCCUAUCAACAGCUACUUCAAAGCUACCGUGUUGUGGGACUCGAAAGUAUGGCUAACGAUUUUGGUGUUUCGGUUGAUUUCCUUGAUCGGUAUGUGCCUUCUUUCUGAAAAUAGGUCUAUGAAAUUUCCACUAACGCCCUUCCAGGGAUUUGGCCAAGUUCAUUGCAGCAGAGCGAAUUCCUUGCACUAUUGACCGUGUCACUGGAAAGGGUAUUAUUGAAACUAACCGACCCGAUUCCAAAAACAAGCAGUACAACAAUGUUGUGAAGCAGGGAGAUCAGCUCAUCACCAAAUUGCAAAAGUACGGACAGGCGGUUAGAUUGAGAGGCAGUGAGCGUGCUUAGAGCGUAAUGGGCUCGCCUCUUAUUGUAAGAUAUUGCAGCAAAUAGAGCCAAAGAAAAUACAUUAUUGCCAAAAAAAAUGUGGCGCCUUCUUUUCC